UUACCAUCGAAUUUUGCAGAGUUCUUGGAUUUUGCUUGGACCAUUUACCAUUAUGGCAGACAGUGACUAAACCCUCUUAAAGGUCUUACCCUCUUUCUCUCCACCCUCGAUUUCUAGUAUUUGCGUUGAGGUGUGUGAGGAGCUUCAGCAUUGCGUGUCUGAAGCUGACAACCAUGAAGCAAAGCUUUCUUUUUACUGCUCUUCUUCUCUUCUUCCUAAUCCUAAUUUCCUCUUCCCAUUUAUCCGCUCGUUUCUUGGAAAACAAACAAGGAAAAGAAGGGGUAGAACUUAGUCAAGUUACAGAUAGGGAGGACUUUGAACUAAUGAAUCAACUAAUGGGAGUGGAAGAUUGUGAUGUAGGAGAUGAUGGGUGCUUGAGGAGAAGAUUAAUCUCAGAGGCUCAUUUGGACUACAUUUACACCCAGCAUCGUAAGCCUUGAGACUUUCCGUAUACCAAAGAUUCGAGGAAGUUGGUAUUUUUAACUUGCAAUUAAGCUCUUGUUACCUAUUUCAUAGUAUGAGUGGAAUAGGCUUUUUCUUCUUUUCCCUGUUGAUAAGUCUGAAAUAUUAGCACAAAGUUGUUAUA